GGAACCGGAAGCGCCCGUGUUUUGGGACCCAGCUGUUUCAAUCCCGGCAUUUUUUCACCACCUUAUUUCCCGUGGUAGUAUCUCCUUUCGCAGAGGUGGGAUGGGGGAAGCGGAGAAGUUUCACUACAUCUACAGUUGUGAUCUGGAUAUCAACGUACAGCUUAAAAUAGGAAGUUUGGAAGGCAAGAGAGAACAAAAGAGUUACAAAGCUGUUCUAGAAGACCCGAUGUUGAAGUUUUCAGGACUGUACCAAGACACAUGCUCUGACCUUUACGUCACUUGUCAAGUUUUUGCAGAAGGGAAGCCUCUGGCCUUGCCAGUGAGAACAUCUUACAAGGCAUUUAGUACAAGAUGGAACUGGAAUGAGUGGCUAAAACUGCCUGUGAAAUACCCUGACCUGCCCAGGAACGCCCAAGUGGCCCUGACUAUAUGGGAUGUGUAUGGACCAGGAAAGGCAGUGCCUGUCGGUGGGACAACGGUUUCACUCUUUGGAAAAUACGGCAUGUUUCGCCAAGGGAUGCAUGAUUUGAAAGUCUGGCCUAAUGUAGAAGCAGAUGGAUCAGAACCCACAAAAACUCCUGGCAGAACAAGCAGUACUCUCUCAGAAGAUCAGAUGAGCCGCCUUGCCAAGCUCACCAAAGCCCAUCGACAAGGACACAUGGUGAAAGUAGAUUGGCUGGACAGAUUGACCUUUAGAGAAAUUGAAAUGAUAAAUGAGAGUGAAAAACGAAGUUCAAAUUUCAUGUACUUAAUGGUUGAGUUUCGAUGUGUCAAGUGCGAUGAUAAGGAAUAUGGUAUUGUUUAUUAUGAAAAGGAUGGUGAUGAAUCAUCUCCAAUUUUAACAAGCUUUGAGAUAGUGAAAGUUCCUGACCCUCAGAUGUCUAUGGAGAACUUGGUUGAGAGCAAACAUCACAAGCUUGCCCGGAGUUUAAGAAGUGGACCUUCUGACCAUGAUCUCAAACCUAAUGCUGCCACAAGAGAUCAACUAAACAUUAUUGUGAGUUAUCCACCAACCAAGCAACUUACAUAUGAAGAACAAGAUCUUGUUUGGAAGUUUAGAUAUUAUCUCACUAACCAAGAAAAAGCUUUGACAAAAUUCUUGAAAUGCGUUAAUUGGGAUCUACCUCAGGAGGCCAAACAGGCACUGGAACUUCUGGGGAAGUGGAAGCCCAUGGAUGUAGAGGAUUCCUUGGAGCUGUUGUCUUCCCAUUACACCAACCCAACAGUGAGGUGCUAUGCUGUUGCGCGACUGCGGCAGGCAGAUGAUGAGGAUUUGUUGAUGUACCUAUUACAGCUGGUCCAAGCUCUCAAAUAUGAAAAUUUUGAUGAUAUAAAGAAUGGAUUAGAACCUACCAAGAAGGACAGUCAGGGUUCAGUGUCAGAGAGUGUGUCAAAUGCUGGAAUAAAUUCUGCAGAAAUAGAUAGCUCCCAAAUUAUAAGCAGCCCUCUGCCUCCAGUGUCUUCCCCUCCUCCUGCAUCUAAAACAAAGGAAGGUUCAGACAGUGAAAAUCUGGAGCAAGAUCUCUGUACCUUCUUGAUAUCAAGAGCCUGCAAAAACUCAACACUGGCUAAUUAUUUAUACUGGUACGUGAUAGUGGAAUGUGAAGAUCAGGACACCCAGCAGAGAGAUCCAAAGACCCAUGAGAUGUACUUGAAUGUAAUGAGACGAUUCAGCCAAGCCUUGCUGAAGGGUGACAAGUCUGUCAGAGUGAUGCGUUCUUUGCUGGCUGCACAGCAGACGUUUGUAGAUCGGCUGGUGCAUCUAAUGAAGGCGGUGCAGCGUGAAAGCGGAAAUCGUAAGAAGAAGAAUGAGAGACUGCAGGCAUUGCUUGGAGACAGUGAAAAGAUGAACCUGUCAGAUAUGGAAGUUAUCCCAUUGCCUUUAGAACCCCAGGUGAAAAUUAGAGGAAUAAUCCCAGAAACAGCUACACUAUUCAAGAGUGCCCUUAUGCCUGCACAGUUGUUCUUUAAGACAGAAGAUGGAGGCAAAUACCCAGUUAUAUUUAAGCAUGGAGACGACCUUCGCCAAGAUCAACUUAUUCUUCAAAUUAUUUCGCUCAUGGACAAGCUUCUACGGAAAGAAAAUCUGGAUUUGAAGUUAACACCCUAUAAAGUUUUAGCCACAAGUACAAAACAUGGCUUCAUGCAGUUUAUCCAGUCAGUUCCUGUUGCUGAAGUUCUUGAUACAGAAGGAAGCAUUCAGAACUUUUUUAGAAAAUACGCACCAAGCGACAAUGGGCCCUAUGGGAUCAGUGCUGAGGUUAUGGACACUUACGUUAAGAGCUGUGCUGGAUAUUGUGUGAUUACAUAUAUACUUGGAGUUGGAGACAGGCACUUGGAUAACCUUUUGCUGACAAAAACAGGCAAACUCUUCCACAUAGACUUUGGAUACAUCUUGGGUCGAGAUCCGAAGCCUCUUCCCCCUCCAAUGAAGCUGAAUAAAGAAAUGGUAGAAGGAAUGGGGGGCACACAGAGCGAGCAGUACCAAGAGUUCCGUAAACAGUGUUACACAGCUUUCCUCCACCUUCGAAGGUAUUCUAAUCUAAUCUUGAACUUGUUUUCCUUGAUGGUGGAUGCAAACAUUCCAGAUAUUGCUCUUGAACCAGAUAAAACUGUGAAAAAGGUUCAGGAUAAAUUCCGUCUAGACCUGUCUGACGAAGAGGCGGUGCAUUACAUGCAGAGCCUGAUCGAUGAAAGUGUCCAUGCCGUGUUUGCUGCGGUGGUGGAGCAGAUCCACAAGUUCGCCCAGUACUGGAGAAAAUGAAACUGAGUUUGGCCCGUCAAGGGGUUUGGCUCUGAAGAAAACUACCUUAGAAGCAACCUUGUCUAAUGAAGAUUUCAGAGUAACAAGCAAGAGAGCACAUUUAAUCUUCAAGAUACCAUAUAUCCUAAAUGUUACAUGGUGUCAGAAUUCCUUGGAUGUCAUUGCUUAAAUAUGGUCUUGAAGGGUUUUGUUUUGAAAUAUUGUAUAUAUUUAUUUUCAAAUGUACACAUUGGUAAACAAGAUAUUCAUUUUCUCUAAUACUAGUUUGGGGUUUUAUUUUUGUUUUGUUUUUUUGUUUGUUUUUUAAACUAUGGUACAUAGUUCUCCUACCUUGUAAAUACAUAAAGCAGGAUAUGAAAAUGUAGCCAUAUCUGGAUAACUGGCUAAAAGGUAAUACAGCAGCACCUUUUAAUAUUGAGCCUGUAUUUUUAUAUAUAUGUGAGUGUGUGUAAGCAUAAAUUGUCUUCCUAACAACAUUUUUUUGCUGUAAACUUCAUUUUUUUAGCCUUUUGAAAUAGCUCCCCUAUUAAUGUAAUAUAUCCUCUCUGAUUUAACCAAAUGAUUUUUUUAAGACUAGAAGUCCCUCUCAUCUGUCUAGCUUUUUUGCUUCAUGCAACUUUGGGAAAAAUAAAUGCACACAAAUGAGAAGAGCAACACAGUCAUAAUCUUUGCAAAUUAAUAUGUUGCAUAUUCACGUGGUUUGUUUUGGAAGGAAAAGAGUAUCUCAUUCUCUUGGUGCCAAAUAAAUAUAAAUAUCAAAUAACAGAAAAGAUUAAGAAGGUUAACUGAAAGCACCCUUUCAGAGAAUACCAUUAAUUAUAAUGUUUACUUGUCACUAAAUUCUUAUCUGUGAGCUUGUCUCUUUAGAGUGGGGUUACCAGCUGGAAAGGAAGCGAAUAAUUAGGAGACAUCCUAAAGGCAUAUGGAAUGUGAUUUCUAGAGAACACAUGC